GACAACAAUACAGAAUAAAAAAAAACAAAUCACCAAAAAAUUAAAAAAAUUGAUUAAAAUUAACUUGUGAGUUAAAUGAGCCGACGAAGGAUCCCACCAACAUCUCGUGUAACUCCAACAACAUUUCAGCCAACAAAUUCACCGCUUAACAAUGAAUUUAGUGAGCCAAUUGUGCCGAAACAUAUCGCAUUCGUUCAAUCUAGUUUCACUCAAAGUGAAAAUGAAAUUUUAAGUGAAUUGAUCAUCUUCAUGUUCACAUUAAUUGCUGCCAGUUCACAAUUUGUGCAUCUAUAUAGGAGUGUCUGGUGGCAUCCAGAAUCUUAUCACAAUUAUUCGAUGAAUUUUUAUCUAAUAGAUAAGAGUUUAGUGGUCUUUAUUUUUGUGAUGAUUGGACGGCGAUUCUUCUACUGUCUAAUAGUAAAAGGAUUAGAAUUCAUAUGUCCUGAUCGAUACUAUGGACUUGCAGAGAAGUGUUUAAAAUAUGUGUUUCUUGGAAUGCUUGAAUUUAUCUUUCUAAUCUGUAACAUCAAGAUAUUUCAAAACUACAGCAUCAUGAACAUCUUGUAUCUCGUUUAUCCAAUAAUUUUAUAUUUAGUAAUAUUCAAAUGUAAAAUUGAUCCAUUUCUGAGAAUAAUGAAUUCUAGAAGAGAUAUGCCAUUCAUGGGUGAAGUGAUGCAUUCGUGUAGCAGCAACGCAGUCGAUAUUCGUCUUGAAGUUGAUACACUUCGGAAUGACUUUAACACUAGAUUUAAGCAAAUAAUCUUUACGUCAGUCAUGAAUGCUUAUUACUCAGCAUUUGCACCUUGUGCAUUUGCAAAUAAGCACCUAUUUUUUAGCAAAUUUUGGGUCUCUCAACAUCUUUUCUUCACAUUUGUCAGUCUGUUCACAAUGUGUGCAACUUAUUGUCUGCCAAUUAGAUAUUGUGAUGUCCUUCAUCGAUCAGCAAUUCAUCUUGGACAGUGGACUAAGUUAGGUCCUAGAGCAACACAUCCACCACCGCUUAAUUGGUCAAAGACACAAACCUUUGCUUAUGGAUCAUAUGUUAAAUAUUUUGGGGAUGUUUUCAAGUCAACAGCAGAGUGUACAACUGCCUUGCCAGCAGAUUCUGGUCAUCAUAGAUUCUAUAUACUUUUUAAGAAUCCAUCAAUGCUCUAUUUUAUAAUAUGUUCAAUACAAUUGAGCACAGUUCUUAUACAAUUAAUUUUAAUCAUUUACUGUAAAGAAUAUAUAAUAAUAAUUAGCAUUGGACUCUUACUGAUUACAAAUUAUUACACUUUAUUUAGACUUGUCAGAGAUUAUCUAAUUGUUAAGAAUAUUUAUCACAAUGGAUCUUAAGGCUAAUUUUAUCCUAAUAUUUUUAAAAAAUGAAAUGUGAGAGUUUAUGUAUGAAUAUUAGAUGUGGAUUAUUUAAUUAAUGAUUGAGUUUUGCAAAAUUUUCUAAGAUCUAACUUAGAUUUGCCUGAAAUAAUCUUAACUUUUUUUUCUAUGUUCUACCCUUCAAAGCCUGAUAACCGAACAUUAAGCAAUGUGAAUAAAAUUUUGUAUAACUUAAUUUAUAUUUUACUUACCUGAAGCAAAUAGACUUUUCCGAUCUUGAGAUGCACAAUUGUGAAAUUAUAAAACUUACAAUAAAUUUUUUCGUAGUUGUCGUCUUAUUCAAUUAGAUAUUUUACAAUUGAAUAGAAUUUCUGUAAUGGUAACUUGUAAAUAAUAAAAAUCUUAUAAAUAAACCCAAUGCAAGUGAAAAUUUUAAAAGUGAAAUUGAUAAGAAAUGAGA